GUACGUUUUUAGUGUUGCUGUCGAGACGCUGGAUAUAGCAACCUCGGUACAAAACGGUUUUAUUUAUCUUAGCUAACUAGGGUAUUGUUAGCUUGAGUACAUAUGUCAACCUUUUUAUUUACGUUGCAAUCGCUUUAAUAUAACGUAUAUUCUAGGCUUGGUCGCACUAUCUAACGUUAACAUCAAACUCUUUAGCGAGCUUGUUUCGGGUGGCUUUUUUCUUUGCAAACUAGCUAUGGAUAACAUUAUUGAUCCAGCAUCAGAACAAGAUCUCCCUCUGUUCUCCUUGCGUCUCCUGGUUCCACCUCUACGCCUGAUGUGCGCUUUCAUGUGGCAAGUGACUCAACAGCGUAAUGUGAUGCAGUAUGGGAAGCUGGAGGAGUUUGUUACUUUGGUGACAGAGAUGGUUCCAGAGCUGCUGCGUUCCAGGCAGAGGACCCAACUCAUUCUGGGACUGAGAGCAAAGCUGGUUUUAGAGUUGUGUCGCAGUAAGGACACAGCUGACCUGCUGACCAUCCAGGCCCACCUGGACAUAAUCCACACGUUGACAGAAAAGUCUUUACACAAAGAGGCUGCAGAUUCUAACUUUGUGGAGCUAGUCCAAACCCUGCUGGAAGACCCUUCUGAGAGGGAGCAUUUCUUCAAGGUGAGGAACUUUCUCUCUAGACUUCUUUAUGAUCCUUUUCUUGGGAUAUUGUUUCUCAACAGGAAAAGUUCCAAAAUAGCUGAAGUACAUCUUAAAUGGAAACAUUUGGCACUAGAUCCAUUUCAUGCUAAAUUGUCUAUUUCACAGGAGGUGUUCCCAGUCCACUAUGGCCCUCGGUAUGACACAGCGCUGCAGACACUGGUGUGGGAGUUCCUUUCCAGACUGGAGGAGUUGCUGCCUGUACCAGACCUCACACAGACAACAGCAUGGCUCGGUGCUGCCCCCUCUGUCCUGGAAGAAUGUGGGCAGAGUGUCUUUGACCCUGAACAACUGAAGACCGUGUUGCAGCACCAUCAGCAUCAUGGAAACCUGAACAAUAGUCAUGUCUCUAAUUACACUACAGAUACCAUCCUGUCCACACUGUCCCUCCCUCCAAUAAUCAGAGUUGUUAUUAACUACGAGCUAGACAACUCUGACAAUGAGAGGCCAUACUCAGAUGACGAUGAAUGCAUAGAUAAGGGGGUAGAGGUCUGUGAAUAUGAAGACCACAAUGAAAUCCUGGAUGAAGGCACUGAUAGAUGUUUGGAGGAUCUAGGACUGUCAACAUCAGAGGAACAGGAACAGGAGGGUCUGUCACCUGCAGAGACCUCAGUGUUGGUUACUCCAGUACCCUGUGAUGAAUUGAACUUGGAUCAUUCUCUCAACGUAAUGGUGAAUGCUGACGAGCCAUCCCAGGUUCUUACCUGCACUGGCCAACCUCUGCAAGGACAUCAAGACCGACCAAGUAGAAAAGGACAGAAAGCAGGUUGACAGAAAGAAGAGGUGGUCAAAAAAGGGAACAAAAAGAAUGUGAUCAAACCGGUUGACAAGAAAAAAGAGGGAUUCCCUGCACCUCAAAACAGAACUCAUAUAUGUGAGUGUGGGAAGGUUUUUAAAAAACCAUCACUGCUGACGCUACAUAUGGGAGUUCACACGAUGCCACAUCAUUGUGACCAGUGUCCCAAACGAUAUGCUACUCCUGGGGCACUGAAAAAGCACCAGCUACUUCACACAGAAGAAAGACCAUUCGCAUGUGAACACUGUGACCGGAGGUACAGGAGUGCAUAUGAUCUCAAAGUGCACGUACGCAGUCACUCUGGGGAGCGCCGUCACGUGUGUACUAUCUGUGAGAAGAGGUUUGCCCAUCCAAGUACACUAGUGAGACACACGCGAAUGCAUGCUGGGGAGAAGAAUUAUUUAUGUAGCAUAUGUGGUAAGGCAUUCCUUAGCUCAGGAGAAGUGCGACUGCAUACACGAACGCACACAGGAGAAAACCCCCACACCUGUAAACAUUGUGGAAAGGGUUUCAAAGCAUCUUGCCAUCUUACGGUUCAUCUGCGAUCUCACACAGGCGAGCGUCCUUACACCUGCACCCAAUGCCCCAAAUCUUUCACUACCUCAGACUCUCUUAGAACGCACAUAUAUACUCACACUGGGGAGAAACCUCACCGGUGCUCAGAGUGUGGGAAAACAUUUACUCAGAGGUGUAAUAUGGUAAAUCAUAUGAGAAGAAUUCACCGGUUAAGAUUCUCCAAAAGCAGUCCAACAGAAAGAAACAGAAAGUCUUGUAAAAAUGCUUUGAGUUCGAAAGAAACUAUGUUACUAGCUAACAGUAGCUUGUUUCAGUGGCUUAUUUUUCUUUGCAAACUAGCUAUGGAUAACAUUAUUGAUCCAGCAUCAGAACAAGAUCUCCAUCUGUUCUCCUUGCGUCUCCUGGUUCCACCUCUACGCCUGAUGUCUGCUUUCAUGUGGCAAGUGGCUCAAGAGUGUAAUGUGAUGCAGUAUGGGAAGCUGGAGGAGUUUGUGACUUUGGUGACAGAGAUGGUUCCAGAGCUGCUGAGUUCCAGGCAGAGGACCCAACUCAUCCUGGGACUGAGAGCAAAGCUGGUUUUAGAGUUGUGUCGCAGUAAGGACACAGCUGACCCGCUGACCAUCCAGGCCCACCUGGACAUAAUCCACACGUUGACAGAAAAGUCUUUACACAAAGAGAGUCAUGGUGAUGAAUUGGAGGCUGCAGAUUCUAACUUUGUGGAGCUAGUCCAAACACUGCUGGAAGACCCUUCUGAGAGGGAGCAUUUCUUCAAGGAGGUGUUCCCAGUCCACUAUGGCCCUCGGUAUGACACAGCGCUGCAGACACUGAUGUGGGAGUUCCUUUCCAGACUGGAGGAGUUGCUGCCUGUACCAGACCUCACACAGACAACAGCAUGGCUCAGUGCUGCCCCCUCUGUCCUGGAGGGAUGUGGACAUACUGUCUUUGACCCUGAACAACUGAAGACAGUGCUGCAGCACCAUCAGCGUCAUGGAAACCUGAACAAGUGUCAUGUCUCUAAUUACACUACAGAUACCAUCCUGUCCACACUGUCCCUCCCUCCCAAAAUGAGAGUUGUUAUUAACUACGAGCCAGACAACUCUGACAAUGUGAGGACAUACUCAGAUGACGAUGAAUGCAUAGAUAAGGGGGUAGAGGUCUGUGAAUAUGAAGACCACAAUGAAAUCCUGGAUGAAGGCACUGAUAGAUGUUUGGAGGAUCUAGGACUGUCAACAUCACAGGAACAGGAGGGUCUGUCACCUGCAGAGACCUCAGUGUUGGUUACUCCAGUACCCUGUGAUGAAUUGGACUUGGAUCAUUCUCUCAACGUAAUGGUGAAUGCUGACGAGCCAUCCCAGGUUCUUACCUGGACUCUGCCUCCAUUCUCUCACAGUGAAGUGGCCAACCUCUGCAAGACCGACCAAGUAGAAAAGGACAGAAAGCAAGUUGACAAGAAAGAAGAGGUGGUCAGAAAGGGAGACAAAAAGAGGGUGAUCAAACAGGUUGGCAAGAAAACAAAGGUGGUCAGAAAGGGAGACAAAAAGAGGGUGAUCAAACAGGUUGACAAGAAAAAAAAGGUGGUCAGAAAGGGGGACAAAAAGAGGGUGAUCAAACCGGUUGACAAGAAAAAAGAUGGAUCCCCUGCACCCCAAAACAGGACUCAUACAUGUGAGUGUGGGAAGGUUUUCAGAAAACCAUCACUGCUGACGCUACAUAUGGGAGUUCACACGAUGCCAUAUCAUUGUGACCAGUGUCCCAAACGAUAUGCUACUCCUGGGGCUCUGAAAAAGCACCAGCUACUUCACACAGAAGAAAGACCAUUCGCAUGUGAACACUGUGACCGGAGGUACAGGAGUGCAUAUGAUCUCAAAGUGCACAUACGCAUUCAUUCUGGCGAGCGCCGUCACAUGUGUACUGUCUGUGGUAAGAGGUUUACCCAGCAGUGUGCACUAGUGAGACACACGCGAAUGCAUGCUGGGGAGAAGAAUUAUUUAUGUAGCAUAUGUGGUAAGGCAUUCCUUACCUCAGGAGAACUGCGGUUGCAUACACGAACGCACACAGGAGAAAACCCCCACACCUGUAAACAUUGUGGAAAGGGUUUCAAAGUAUCUUGCCAUCUUACGGUUCAUCUGCGAUCUCACACAGGCGAGCGUCCUUACACCUGCACCCAAUGCCCCAAAUCUUUCACUACCUCAGACUCUCUUAGAACGCACAUAUAUACUCACACUGGGGAGAAACCUCACCGGUGCUCAGAGUGUGGGAAAACAUUUACUCAAAGGGGUAAUAUGGUAAAUCAUAUGAGAAGAGUUCAUAGACCGGUUAAGAUUCCCCAAAAGUACUCCCAACAGAAAGAAAGACAAAGUCUCGUAAAAAUAAAAAAAAUGAGACCAAAAGAAACUAUGUAGGAGUUAAUUCCAAUGUAAAUACUAGCAGUAUACACAUGAUUUUACAGGUCCUCUUUUGUAUAUCAGAUUAUCAUACCAAAACAUGUUUUUCAAUAAACUUCUUCAGAUUU